GCAGGUAACCUGCAGCCAUGAGCAGCAAUGAGUGCUUCAAGUGUGGGCGCACCGGCCACUGGGCUCGGGAGUGCCCCACUGGAAUUGGCCGUGGUCGUGGGAUGAGGAGCCGUGGCAGAGCAGGCUUCCAGUUCAUGUCCUCCUCUCUGCCGGACAUCUGCUACCGCUGUGGUGAGUCUGGCCACCUUGCCAAGGACUGUGAUCUUCAGGAGGAUGCCUGCUAUAACUGCGGUAGAGGUGGCCACAUUGCGAAGGACUGCAAGGAGCCCAAGAGGGAGAGAGAGCAGUGCUGCUACAACUGUGGCAAACCUGGCCACCUGGCUCGUGACUGUGACCACGCAGAUGAGCAGAAGUGCUAUUCCUGUGGAGAGUUUGGACACAUUCAAAAAGACUGCACCAAAGUGAAAUGCUAUAGGUGUGGUGAAACUGGCCAUGUAGCCAUCAACUGCAGCAAGACCAGCGAAGUCAACUGCUACCGCUGCGGCGAGUCAGGGCACCUUGCACGGGAAUGCACAAUUGAAGCUACAGCCUAAUUAUCUUCCUUUGUCGCCCCUCCUUUUUCUGAUUGAUGGUUGUAUUAUUUUUCUCUGAAUCCUCUUCACUGGCCAAAGGUUGGCAGAUAGAGGCUACUCCCAGGCCAGUGAGCUUUACUUGCCGUGUAAAAGGAGGAAAGGGGUGGAAAAAUCAACUUUCUGCAUUUAACUACAAAAAUGUUUAUGUUUAGUUUGGUAGAGGUGUUAUGUAUAAUGCUUUGUUAAAGAACCCCCUUUCCGUGCCACUGGUGAUAGGGAUUGAUGAGUGGGAAGAGAUGAGUCAGACCAGCAAAAACCCUCUCUGGGUUACAUGGAAGUGAUCCUAUGCAGGAGGAAAGAAAUUCUGGAAGUGUCUAAACUUCCUCAUAACUUUAAUUUUAUUACAAUGGCCUUGGAUUGUCUGACCUCAGUAGCUGUUAACACCAAGUAAUACCUGUAUCGGGCCCUACCUAGAGCAUAUAGCUGAGUGGGAGUAAACAAACAAGAUGCACAUGCCUGUUAAUGGCCAUGAGAGAGAGAGAGAGAGAAAUCAGGAAUAAACUUAAAAGUAACAGUAAUUCAGUUAAUGAAUGUUCAUGUUGGAGUUACAGAACGCUAUAGGGAGUUUUUGAAUAAAUACUUCAAAGUCAAUCUGGAACCCAGACAUCAGUGCUCAUAGCAUACACAAUUUGGAGCUAUUCAGGAGUUGCAAAUAAAUGCAUUUUCACAGAAAUCAAGAUGUUAUUUUUGUAUACUAUAUCACUUAGACAACUGAGUUUCAUUUGCUUGUAAUCAGUUUUUAAAGUAAGAUGGUAAAAGCAAUUGAAGUCCUAGAACAUAGAAAAUGUAAUUUUAAACUAUCAAUAAAGCUGGAGGAGGAAGGGGAGUUUGGCUAAAGUUCCUUUUGUUUAUUUUUGGUUUCAUGUACACAGUGCAAAAUAACAUAUUAAAAAGGGGUAUGUGGAGGUGU